AAUCAAUAGCAGACUCUGCGUGUCAAAUUAUUGAUUCCGUGUCUCGUUUUUUUUGAAACUAAAUUCGUUUUCGUUGGACACAAGUCCAUCUUUUUCUGAAUUAUCUGGCGGUCGCUAGAUAAAUGGUCGCGUCAGGAGGAAGCGGAAGUGACAAUCAGCAGCGGCCAACGCUGGGCGGCAUUUCGAGUCAAGGUGCAACCACUGUUGUGCGCCGCACUAGUCUCGGAGGUAUGGAUGUUUCAGUGAACACGGCCGCGCCCGUCACGGCAGCCGCGCCUCUCGGCGGCGUGGCGUCGGUAUCCUCACCUGCAGGCCGUGCCCAAAGCCAAGUUAGACGACUGAUUUCUUAUUCCCCAUUGACUUCACCGAUCCGCAUAGGCGCGGCAACGUCAACAAUGCCCUUAACGGCAAGGUAUCACAAACCCGGGGUCCCUUUGUUAGUAUCCGCUGCUCCACCACGUCCUGCCACUUUGGUCGUCAAGGCAGCUACAUCAACCACCGGUAUUGCUGGAAAUAAUAUGGCAGCGACGGCGACACCCGCAACUGGAUCUUCCUCCACGACUGCCGCCAGCGGAACUUCGACUUCCACGACCAACGGCGCGGCUCCUUUGCGCACUACCAGCGGCAACCAAGAUGAGCAGAAACAGGGAGUUGAUGCGAGUCCAAGCACAGUCAUUGUCCGAGAGGAGGAUGUGCUAGACCUUGGAGACGCCACUGUUGGGAAUGGUGGGCAAGUCGAGUGUAGUAGUUCCCAAGGCGGAGGAACCACAAAAGUAGAGAAGUCGCUGGACGAUCCUGAUAGCACUUCAUCUUCGAGGUCGAUACACACUGUCCCGGACGAUGAUGUGGAUGAUAUGCCCGGGGCCGUGAAGAGCAGUCCGCGACGACCCGCGCCGGUGAUGAGUCCGAGAGCUCCAGCAGGAACCUUGGCUGCGACUUCCCCAGGCUGGAUUUCAUAUCUCGCUACAGGGCGGGGACAGGGUUCGAGUCUCGCAGGGUCGGUGGCCACAGGGCGUGUCGGUGCGCCGCAAGUGAUCGCGCCGUUGACUGCCAGAGGUCCUCCAGUAUUCGCCAGUGGUUGUGCCACAAGCGGACCGCUCUCAGCGAGGGCAAGGAGUCCUGGCCCACUGCUGGGGAACAAGUUUUCGUCACCUUUUAGAUCGCCUACAACCGGAAAACUCUUCGUCACCAAACCACCGCUCUUGCCUGCUCCGCCGUUCUCAGCAGAAAAGAAAGCGCAGAAAUCACUAGCGACACCGCACAGUGGAAGUACUUACCACUUUGUUCGUUGAUGGUAGACGACUAUUUCAGUUACAAUUUAUUUCUUUUAACUCUCCACUCCUGUGUCGUACAGCUAGUUUCAUGAUAAAUUAGAUUCUACAACUAGCUACUCGUUCUCCCAGUGUCGUCUCCUAACCUAACCUCCCAGUGUCGUCUCCAUCCACCUCGGUUGCUGACGAGUUCGAGGAAGACGGUUUGCAAGGAAAGUCGCAUCCUCCUAGGAGCACCCUCGUCCGAACGACCGGUAGUUCAGCGCGCAGCGCUUCGGCUGCUGCUGGUCCGCGCAAAAUUUCGAGUUACAUUUCAUCAUCGGCGUUUCGAGGUUCGCUUGGCAGUGGCGCACCUACUGCAUCCAGCGCUGGUGUUCAUCCGAUGCAUCAUCAACAUGAUCUGAAUGUAGACGCGGGUAGGGAAAAUGAAAACAAAGCUGCAGCCUCUGCCGCAGCUGACAAGACAGGAUCGCCUGGAAGAAUAUCGUGGUCGGAAUUGCGAAGUCCUGAGAGCAAUUCCGUGAAGCAAUUUGUGUCUCCAUUAGAAAUGCCUGAUAUCGACGUUGACUGCGUAUCACCGCUACAGAAUUCAUCAUCCGCAGACGAUACCGAAAAUGUUUCUGCGGGUACUCCACUAACUACGGUUAUUCCCGACAAGAAUCUUGCCGAUGAAUCGCAGACCGUAGUCGAUGAAACUGUCGAUAGCACAGUGAAUGAAGAUGAGAGCGACCAGAGAACCGAAGAGAAAAAAGGAGCUUCAUCUAAAAAUAGUGAAGUCGAGCACAAGGCAGAUGAGGAUGGAGGUAGAGAUUUGACACAAGAUGAUGGUAUUGACGGUGACACGGCAUCGAGCACGACGUAUCGCAGCGGUGGCGGAUCCAGCACAGGCCCUGCUGGCACGCGCUCGACGUCCGCCGCUUCGUCUGCCGCAACUAGCAAGUCCAGAGUCUCACAUCUGGAAAAUGAAGGCGGAAGUCGUAAUUGUAGAAAUAUAGUACAUGCAGGUGCAGCAGCCAAGUGCGCGGUGACAGCCGUUCCAGCGCGUGCUUUGAUACAUGCUGAAGGUGAGAAGUUGGAUGGAGCAUUGCAACAAGGAGAGGAAGGUCUUCCGGCGAAUGAACCUCAUGUGGUUGGGGUUUCUUCUGCCUCUGCUGCAUCGGCAUCAUCUACUUCGUCCUGUGCAGCGGUACCUGUGGUCGAUUUCUUCUCAUCGCAUUCUGCCUCUGGCUCGUCAGCUGAGGAAGCUGCGUGCUCUGCGCGCAGUACUAACGGUUCACCACACAAAGCAUCUUACAAAAGUCCCGGCAAAGGAGUACGCCCACCUGCGGAGGCCGUCCAUGCGAAAAUCCAGGAGAACGGUGCUGCUCUUCGAGAUAUUAUGAGAACAAUGGCCGAGAAAACUGAGGCCCAAAGAAAUGCUCAAGAACACACUGUAGACGAGGAAGCUCUUGCUUUAUCUAGUACUUCUAGCCUGAAUAAAGCAGAAGUAGAAGCAGAUCUCGAGGAUCGAGUGGAUGAUCACGUUGCUGAUGCAUGUUCCCUUGUUGGACUAGUCGAUGCAAAAGAGAUUGAUCUCAAGAAUUUCUCUAGUAGCGCCAUUUUUCGUGAGAGUGGCGCCGCGACUCUUCUCGUUGGCGGCGUUCCGCUGCUCAGUGAUGACGACUGCGGCCACUUGCCACCACUUGCACUCUCUGCUCACCAGGAUCAUGAUGUCAAACUUGUUGAUGAAGCAUUGAAGAAGAUGAACGCUAAAGAACACAACACAGGCGCAACAGAUAGCACAUUAGUAGGCGUGGACGAUAGCACUAUUACUAAAAUUAAGGCUAGCAGAAAUCCAUCUUAGCCGGCAUCUUCGGCUCGUUUUCUAAGGGGAAACGGGCACCAAGAUGCUCCACAGGAUGGAUUUCUUCUAGCUCUAAUAAAAGUAGUAAACCACCAGCAUCAGCAAAGCAGACCGUAGCUGACGAGACACCUGUAGCAAAAGGCAGUGGUACGUCGUCCUUUUUUUCAAGGGCUAUUGGUCGUUUUUUUCCAAGAGAGGAAUCCGAGAAGAUGGAGGUUCCUCCUGCGUCACCAGGAGACGAGGAAGUAGUGUACGAGGAAAAGGGAGAGGACCACGCUGAACCCUCUUUUAGUGGUACAGCUGUGGAAGAGACUGAUCAAAUGGUAGAAGAUGGCAGCAUGAUCUUUCCGGUAGACGAACUGCCGCCGAAAAAAUGCACUGGAGAUGAAGAUAGCCCUCCUAGUAGCUCUUGCAGUUCGGCCAGUACUGAUAUGAUCGACGCCGACGCUAAUAUCGCCUGCGUGCAGACUAAAUCAUCAGCAGGAAGUGGUAGUAAUAGAAGACCGGGUACAGGCUUGAUAGCUGAUGAAGGUGCUGAUGUAGUCGCGAAUGAGAAUGCGAGUAAAACGGCAGACGACACUAAUCCUCUCAUAACUGCUACUAAAUCGAAGAGCUCUAGUAGGCCACAACCUAAGAGUCGUUUCCCAGCUCCCAUAAACGACCCUCCUGCCUCAAUGACGAAGCCGCGCAGCGUAAUCGUCACCGGAAACGUCAGCGUGAAAAUUCCUCGAAAGAGCGACAGGCGCAAAACGAUGGCCACAUCCGCGCUCGAGGCCGCUGCUGCAAGACUAUUUUGAGGUUUAUCCCUAAAGAAACAAUAUGGCGUUAUCUAUCAAUCAUGAGAAGAAAGAUGUACUUGUAGGUGAAAAAUGUAGGCAUUUUCUGGUAGAAGUCAUACGGUGAAGAUGACAAAUAUGCAUAGAGUUCUUGAUGUGAUUGCAAGAAGAAGUUUACUAGGUUAGAAAAUAUGACUGUAAAAAAUUAUCCAGAUCUUGUACGUUGUUCUUUGGAUGCCUUUCGCUAGUUAUGUCCUUCUUUCUUUCGGGCGUAUUUCAUACUCAUUUGAUUUGCAGCUGGCUGUACGCAACAGAAACGAAAUCUAUCAUGCUGAAAGAUGAACUGGGGGAAGUAUUCGUUGCAUACAAUUUAUCGUUGUGAAUCUAUAAGUGAAAGUGAGUAUUUUUGUCAUUUCGAUUUCUGGUUUUGGUCGGGAAGCUAGUAGAGGGAGUUCUUGCAGCACCAAAUUACAAUGCACGUUGAUAUACGAUUUCAUCAAAAAGUUACGCGUCUCUCUAUAAUACAUUACGGUAAUCAAAUUCUAAUCAUCCAAACGUGGUCGUUGCUCCUUUCCUUAUGGUGGUUGGAGUAACUCAAUGUUUUUCCACGAAGCGAUGCUGCCCGAGCCCUGAAAAUGGUUCAGGACUCGUCCCAACCCGUAACUUAUAACCGACGAAUUCAUCGUCUUCUUUUGCAGCAUUAGCAUUCGAUUUUUCACGUCUAGUUCCUUAUUUCAAUUUCAAUUUCCUUACUCAGGUUUUAGGCAUCGUCGGUAAUAUCGUCAUCUCAUAUAUGAACACGCCCAUUGACAUGAAAAAAAUGUACUAUUCUUAAGCUUGUUGUCGUUCCUUUCAAGCACACGAAUGUAACCAAUGAAUAUUGUAUAGUUGCAUAGUCAGAAGUUCAAUCUAUCAUUGAUCAAACGAUUUUUUUGCCUUCCAUUUUCCCUGAUCAUCGCAUUGACUUUGAACAUGAUCAUCCCGACAGUACUCUCGAUCCGAAAUUGAUCUUGCUGUCUUAAAACCACGAUGAAUAUCAAUACCUAUGAUUGCCUUGUACAGAGUUGCUAGUGGAUGAUGCAAAAAUUCUUGUCUUUGUUGUGGUACAAAGAAAGUAAAUACUAGACGUAAUGAUCGUAAGGGCCCGGCGACACUCCAGUCCAUCCACUAGAAUCCUUAACCUUUCCCCCUGGGUCGCGUCUCCCCUAGUCCUCGUCAGCCCGAUCCUUCAGCCGUCAAAUACUGACGAUCCAGGGGGAGGCGAGAGCCAGCGUCGAAAUGUAAACCGAGUUCGCUGCAACACAAGGUGCUCAGAAAAUCA